UGUUUCGGAAGAGUUAGGACUAAAUAGAGACCCAAAAUUUAAGUUUUCCUCUUGCGAAUGUUGAAGCUCUGCUGAAUGGUGAUAGCGGGAAAACAUUAUUCAAGCCAUUCCCAAAAUGGCUACCGCCGGCUCCGUUAAUACCUUCACGACGACCCUACUCAAUUUCCCCGCCAAUGUUUCUCACCUUUUCCGGUCACGGUGGACGGUGCUUCACUCGGAAACAGGAGCUUCUUCUUACUUUCUCAGUACUUCGAGACUUCGUUUGCUUCACUCUAAAUCCACUGUUGCAGCACUUGAAAACGAAUUUUCCUCCUGCAAAUUUACCGAUAGCUCGCAGGGUGUUCGAUUCGGUGGUGAAGAGUUUUUGACGAGAUUACUUGCCAGAAGAUGGACGUUGGCUAACCCCGAUACCAAAAUAAGCAAAGUUAUGUUCUCAGCUACAGAUACAAACCUCCAUGAUUUUUCAGCCAGUCAUCUCUUCUUGGGAGUAGAUACUGAUAUUUGUAUGCCUAAUGAUGUGUUGGGGACAGAUAAUUCGAACCAAUCGUUCUAUAUAGUUAGGGAUGAUUUAUUGCAUCCGCUCAUAAAUGGUAACAAGGCAAGAAAAUUGGAUGGGGUUCUACCUCUUAUUGAAGAUAAUUCAGUGACUGACGUGGUUACUUGUGGGGGUUGUCAAAGUGCACAUGCAGCUGCUACUGCUGUUUUAUGUGCAGAAAGAGGUUUGAGGUCACAUCUACUUCUACGAGGGGAGCAACCUGAAUUUUUAACUGGAUACAACUUGAUGUCAACAAUAUAUGGAAACGUCACAUAUGUUCCAAGAUCUAUUUAUGCCAAUAGGGAAAAAGUGCUCAAGAGUCAAGCUGAUUUAGUGGCCGGCAAUAGUGGCAGUGUCUUAUGGUUCGAUGAUAUUUUAUCCACUUCUCUUGGGAAGCAACCACGUUCAUAUGGAAGAAGGGUUAUAGUUAUCAACGAAGGAGCUGGAGAUGCUAUCGCCUUGCUAGGUUUAAUUCGACUCGUGAAGUACCUUUCCCAGGAUCAUUUACUUGGGAAACAUAGGGUCAUUAAAUUUGUUGUAGAUGCCGGCACUGGGACAACUGCUAUUGGUUUGAGUCUUGGAGCUCUAUGUUUAGGGCUCCCGUGGGAGGUAACUGCAGUGAUGCUGGCUGAUAGAAUUGACGGAUAUAAACGGCAAGAGAAGCGUUUGAUUUCUGAAUUCAGGAAGCAUUUUGGCGCUCCUCUUGACCUAGACAAGGAUGAAGUAAAUGGGGGAAUUGUAAAUUGGGUAGAGCGCCUCCGUCAAAGAAAAUUUGGCAAUGUGCUGGAUGGAGAAGUGGAGGCUUGCAGACAAAUUGCUCAGAAAACCGGUAUUCUUGUUGAUCCUAUUUACACUCUAGCUGCUUGGGAAAUGGCUACUUUUCUUUCUCAAAAGGGAGCCAAAGCGAAUGGAGAUCUGGUGGUAUUGCUUCAUACUGGUGGUACUCUGGGCUUGUUUGGACUAGCUCAAAGUAAAGUUCUUAGGAUUGGUGGGAAAGGGAAGCAGAGGCAGAGGCAGAGCUAGUUAAGAGAAGAGAAGAGAACAGAGCAGGACAUCCCUUUCACUUACUUUUUGUUUAUGUAAACCAAGAAGAAAAAGAUUGGACUUUGGAGAGACAGAAAAGGGUGUGGGUUGGUGGUGGCCCAUAAAUCAUGUGGAGCAAAUGGGGAACACAACCUAGUUAACCCUACUAUACAUAAAAACUCUUUUCAUACUUCACUCACCCCUCCUUUUGUCUUCUUUUGUGUUGAAUAUCCUCUUAAAGGAAACACCAACCCCCUCUUCACAAAAACUAUCCACCACUACUUUUAUUUUCUCUCUUUCUCGAAACUACUGGUGUAGUUUAGUGGAUAAACUCAAACACUAAAGGAGUGUAUCGGUGUUUGAAGUAACGAAUUACUAUUAUAGUCCUAAGUUAUUAUAGUUGAAUUGUAAUAGUUUGUGUUUGGAGUAUAUAUUAUUUUAGUUUGGA